AUGACUGUAGGCCAGAAUGAGUCUAAAUUUACUGAAUUAUCCCGUUUUGCCCCAUUUAUGAUUCAGGAUGAAGCUCGCAAAGCUAAGAAGUUUGAACGAGGUCUGAGAGGGUCAAUUCGUAACAAGUUGACUCCACUUAAGCUUAGAUUGUAUGCCGAUGUAGUAGAACGGGCUCUAAUGAUAGAGCGAGACAACGAAGAAUUCUGGAAAAGUCGUAACCAAAAGAGAGAAGCGAAGAGCAAUGCUAGGGCUGCAUCGAAUACAUCUCAAACACAGGGUGAUGCUUCUAAGAAACUAAAGACGAUGGUAACAAAUACCUCAACUCCUGCUCAGCCAAUGAACCGAUUUACGGGUAAAUGUUAUAACUGCGGAAUAGAGGGUCACUCUGCGCGUUUUUGUAAACAACCACCUCAGCAACCACAUUAUCAGGCGCUCCCUCAGAUGCACCCGAGACCUCAGCCACAGUUUCAAGCACAUCAACCGCAGUACCAGAGACCCCCAUAUCAUCAAGUACCGGAACAGUAUCAGAGAAAUUCGCAACAAAGACCCCCUCAGCAGCAGCAACGCCCACAACAACAACACUAUCAGCCGAGGCAGGAAGGUCAGGCUUCUCGACAACCAGCCCAGGGUCGUGUGUUUACUAUAGUACCAUCAGACGCAAAUGCUAAUGGAGCAGUGGUGGAAGAUAAGAAUUUAGUAAUUGCUACACCAAUAGGAAGCUCCGUAGUGUUAAAUCAGAUAUGUAGAUCUUGCCCUGUCAUGGUUGGAGAUUCCGUAUUGUUAGCCGACCUUAUCGUAUUAGACAUGCAAGAGUUCGAUGUUAUUCUGGGAAUGGAUUGGUUAGCUUCGUUCCAUGCAAAGUUGGAUUGUUUUGAGAAGACCGUGACAUUCUCUAUUCCUGGGCGACCGAGACUCCAGUUUCUUGGAAAGCAAAAGAAUGGACCGUCAUGUGAUUUCUUAACACUUUUGGAGGAAGAACCACAUGAAGUAGGUAUCGAUCAAAUUCCAAUCGUAUGUGAGUUUUCCAAUGUAUUUCAAGACAUACCAGGGUUGCCUCCAAGAAGGGAGAUCGAAUUUGGUAUAGAUCUUAUGCCCGGAGUCUCUCCAAUCUCCAUGACACCGUACCGUAUGGCACCAGUAGAGUUGAAGGAACUGAAGGAGCAGAUUCAAAAGUUAUUGGAGCAGGGUUUCAUUCGGCCGAGUACAUCACCGUGGGGUGCACCAGUCUUAUUUACGCCUGUCUGUUCAAGCUUCACUGAAGCACGUCCAGCGUCCAGAGACGCUGGACGGACGACGUGA